GGUCCGGCGGUCACGUGAGCGCGUGGGCUGGCAACAUGGCGGCGGGCAGCGGCCUCCUCCUGCUGCUGCCGCUGCUGGCGGCGGCGGCGGGCGGCCGGGGCGGCGGUGGCGGCGGCCGGCGGCAGGUGUCGAUGCAGUACAACCCCGGCUGGAACAACUCCUCCGUCAACCUGCUUCACGUGCGGGCGGCGGGGCCCGCUGACACCCUGCACUACGUCUGGAGCAGCAUCGGGGCCCCCGCGGUGCUGCUGGUGGCCACGGCGAGCGGGAGCAGCGUCCUGCGCAUCAACUGGACCCAGCUGCUCUCCCCGGCUCCUGCCGGCGCCAUCUGGAUCGACCCUCCCAGCAGCGUCGUCUACUCCGCUGCCGUCGUCUUCACCAAGGUGUUCGAGUACAGCGAGGCCAAAACGCUGGAAGAGCUCUUCUACCCCCCGUACGACCUGUCUGACUUUUCCUGGGACAGCAUCAAUCGCACCCUGAACCACACGGCCCUGACGGCCGAGUUCACGGGCGUCCCGGCCACCGACCCCAGCGGCAGCUUCUCCAACGGCAGCGUGGCGUUCCGGGUGACAGCCUACGACGCCGGUGGCCGUGACAGGCCGCUGCCCAGCCUCCUGCACACAGCAAACAGCUCCAAAGUGGAGUUUGUCCUGGCGGGGGUGGCUCCGCGGGGCAACGGUUCCCGAUUUGCGCUGGAGGUGGCCACGGUGGAGGAGACGGGGGUGGUGCAGAAGCUGCGCUCCGCGCGCUCCAUCGACGACGAGUACACUCCCACCAUCUUCGAGAUGCUCUCCCUGGUAGCCGAGUCCCGAAACGACAGCUCCACGCUCAGCUUCCUGCAGUGGAAGGCGACAGCCUACGGCUCCCGGAGCCCCAGGCGCGAGGACGGCAUCCAGUGCCGGUCCCGCGGCCUGCAGGCAGCCAACUGGACCCUGCCCGUGUCCAGCAUCGUCCACGCCUACUUCGGGGAGGGCAUGGGCAGCACCUACACCGUCAGCGCCAUCAACAUCACCUUCGGGGGAGAGGACGGGAAGGUUUACCAGGAGAAGCGCUACCUCAGCUGGUCGGCGCUGCUGGGCUUCGGGCAGCCCCCCAAGGACACCUUCUCCCCCCUCGUCAUCUCCAUCAUGGCCGUGGCGCUGGGCACCCCCAUGGCCAUGCUGCUGGUGGGCAGCUGCGUGGUCCUCUUUGCCCAGAGGAAACGCUACUCUGAGUACGAGCCCAUCAACUGAGAGGGACGGUCCCUGGAGAGACCCCCAGGAUCCUUCUUGUCACCAGGAUACGACCGCGGCUGCUGCAGGGGCUCCUGCAAUGUCCUCUCUGUCCUCAGCCCAGGCUCGGAGGGGACCGGGGCAACAUCUGCAGCAGUUGCCCACGUCGCGUAUCCCUCUGUCCUGCUCCCUCCUCCUGCCCAGGGUUGCCCAGAUCCUGCACGGGAUUGCACUUCUUCCUCUCUCUUUUCCUGAUCCAUCCAGACAAGGGAAAUGACUGGGAGGAGCUGGUCAGGGUGGCCUUGAGCCAUGGAAAGAUCCUCCUUCUCCCCGGGGAUAAAACCACUGUUGUCAUGUCCGCGGCCGAGCGGCAGCUGGGACUGGCUGCGCCCUGUCCUGUGCCACCUCCAGAGCACUCCGGAGUUGCUUGGGUGGCUCCGACCCCAGGAGCAGGGCUGGAGGACAGGGCUGGCGACCUUGCAGGGUGCCUUGCUGCUUCUCACUGUGCUGGGGGUGUCCCAGAACAUCCCCCCCUCAACCCCGCCGGGGCUCACGGACUCCUCAGUCCCCCAAGAGGCACUUUCUGCUGCGCUGGCCUCGGGGAGGGCUGCUGGUACAAGAGGGAAACCCGGCGCCGCUUCGCAGCGGCUGCUUGAGCUCAGGUGCGUCCUGUCAGCCCAGGAAGGGCUGCUCCAGCCUUGCUCUCCGUUAACCGCAGCCCUCGGCUCGGCAGGGCUGGCUCGGAGGUGCCAUCCAGGUGCUUGAAGCCAUGGGGCAAGCGUGGCGUGUGGCUGCCGGGCGUUUGCAUCACUUGGGGGGGUGUGUGUGUGCUGGGUUUUGGUGUUCUCUGUCACCAAGUUGUCUUUGACCAAAUAAAGUGGAUUUCUAAGA